UGCAGUUCCUACAAAGAGUGAGGAUGAUGAAGAGAAACCUCUGUUCCUAUUGCUUCCUCAAGUGCAAAGAGACAAAAAGUAUCUUCCAACCAGCUGAUCAGAUGAAAGCAGAAACUGAUGAAGAGGACUAUGGAGGAGUAGAAUCCAGCAGGAAGCCAGAUCUGAACACUCAUGGAGACACUUCCAACUCUUCAGAGACUGAAGACAGUGAGGAAGAUGAUGAAACUGUGAACCAUCCAGACUCGUCAGACUUUGGGUCUGGAACUGAACGAAGUGAGGACGACUGGAAGGAGGACGGAGCUCCUGAAUCUCAGAGUGGUAAACACUCGAUUCAGGAACACAUGAUAAGUCAUCCAAGAAUGAGAUCUUCAAGGUGUUCAGUUAAUAGGACACGUUUUAGAGCGAGUAAUGGUGACUCGCUGAGGGAAAUCCAGACGGCUCUGAAAUGUGUUUGUGGUGUCUGUGGUAAAAGUUUCAACAGAAAAUAUCUGAGUGUCCACAUGAGGAUCCACACAGGGGACAAACCAUUUGGUUGUGAUGUUUGUGGAAACAGAUUUAAGCAAAAGGCACAUUUACAAACCCACCUGAAAGUCCACACUGGUGAUGAACCGUUUGGUUGUGAUGUUUGUGGCAACAGGUUUAGGUUUAAGUCGACUUUAAAAACCCACCUGAGGAUCCACGCAGGAGACAAAGUGUUUGGUUGUGAUGUUUGUGGACAAAGAUUUAAGAAAAAGACACAUUUGAACCUGCACACCAAAAUCCAUACCGAUUAUAAGCUGUUUGGAUGUGAUGUUUGUGAACAAAGAUUUAGCAAAAAGUCAACUUUAAAAGAACACCUGAGAAUCCACUCAGGAGACAAACCAUUUGUUUGUGAUGUUUGUGGACACAGAUUCCGAUUGAAGUCAGCUUUAAACACACACAUGAGGAUUCACACGGGGGACAAACCGUUUGGUUGUGAUGUUUGUGGACACAGAUUUAAGCAACUUGGACAUUUAAAAGCACACGCGAGAAUUCACAGUGGUGACAAACCGUUUGGUUGUGAUGUUUGUGGACAAACUUUUAUUCAGAAGUCAACUUUAAAUGGACACCAGAGAAUCCACGCAGGAGACAAACCAUUUGGUUGUGAUGUUUGUGGACAAAGAUUUAAAUUUAAGUCGGCUUUAAACACACACCUGAGAAUUCACACUGGUGAUAAACCAUUUGUUUGUGAUGUUUGUGGACACAGAUUUAAGCAGAAGGCACAUUUAAAAAUUCACAUGAAAAUCCAUGCAGGUGAUAAACCGUUUGGUUGAUGCUUGUGAACACAGAGUUAGACAUAAGUAUUAAAAAGUCAUAUGAGAAUCAACAGAUGAUGGGAAACCUGUAAAUAUUAAGAAUAUUGUUGGAGAAACAGGAAUGUUCACAUAAAUCUAAAAACACUUUGUUUUUUUAUUUGAAGCACUAUUAUUUUAACUGUUUAAUUUAUGCCAAACUCUGCAUUUGAGUUGAAAUGUAGAUUUUGUUCGUAAAAACAUUUGUGAGUCAAAGUCCAGACUUUUUCUAACAUCCUUGUUAUACUAUAUCAGCCUUUCAUUUCAAUGCAGUUAAAAGACUAGAUGCCACAUAAAAUCUCCCUUUAACACCGUUAA